CCUGAAUAUUCAUUCGAGUCUACUUCGACGCUAAAUUCGCCCAACAAGCACCAGAACGUCACAACGUCGUUUUGAUCUGAAACUGCAGGACUAGUGAUCCAUAUAGCUGAAGGUAGCAUAAGCAAUGCAGGUGGCAACCUAGAUAAUUUAUUUCAAUAGCAUCAUUGUUUUGGUUUGUUACUUUCUCCAGGUACAGGCUUAAAUUUCACUGUUCGUGUGUCUGAAUAACGGUAGAUGGGCAGGAUGCUACCAACUUAUUAAGGGUUUGAAUGAUAAAAAUGAAAUUACCCACACUAAAUGGAAGCAUGCGUUAUUGCACCAACCGAGCAUAUUUCAUGCUUGUAUGAAUCUAAUGUACAGCGAUGCGGCUGGACCCAUGUGCUGUGAUUGCCCAUUCUGGUUGUUUUCAGAUCCUCGUUGCAUAUUUUAAUGCGGAGCAGCCUGCUAUAUCAUAGUUAUCCUAGGCGUCCUCCCAGGACUUCUAAGACACUACUGGUCAAACCCGGUCAGUGCGCCAACUCGGAUGACGAUAUACCCACAUGGCCGUCUGAUCGCCCACGUGAAUUGCAACGGAAGUUGAUAAAGCAGUCCUUCUCAGACUUUACCUAUCUCUCUAAAAUGUAUUGUGAUGAAAAUCGCAGAAUGGAAGAAUUCAAACGCGGGACAGCAGGAUUUGUCCCCGAUAUGAACUCGGUGCUCAAAACUUCUAAGGAUAGUCGGAAGGCUGCCGUCUAUUGUGGGCUAUAUUUGGAUAAACACGCGGACUUGUUUCAUAAAAUGGAUCCUGGCUUCCGUCACACGAAAAGCGAUGUGUGA